CCGAGUUAGUCAAUCGGUGUCCGGCCGAAACGAAAGAUCUCUGCUAUCGCCGAGCAAACGAAAUUUAAGCUAGUAUAGAACACUUCUUUUAAUUUAAAAUUUUUCAUAAAUUGCAACUAAUUGAGAUACACCCCAACGAAACGAACAAAACUCACUUACAAUCCGACGAACUUGUGUAACUACUAAGAAACAUUGCGUGCUUCCUGUAACGAACUCUGUGAAUUAUUUAAAUGAAAUAUAGGAAAUUCUGCGAAACAAUUGUCGAAGAACUGCUCCAAAUACCGACAAUAUUCUACUUGGUCUGUGCGCGAAAAAAUUCGAUGAAAAAUUAAAGUACUGACGUCAUUACACUGCAAGAAACAGUGGUAGAGAGGCAGUAAAUUGACUGUUUACAUUACAACAUCGUCGGGCGAGUGAGUGAGUGAACUAUAUAUACUAUAUAAACAAGUUUAAGGCACGCCAAACUUUGGUCUACGACGCCCAAGGAUUUCAGUGCUAAUGAUUGAGGAGAAUCCAACGAUGACCAGGUGAAGUAUAGCAGGGACUUUCGUAAGGGUCGGAACGUACCGCAUAUGCAGUGUUUGAGAAAACGGAAACCCAAAAAAAAAAAAAACGACGGCAACAUUUUUAUAUACUGAAGAUACAUAAAAAUGGCUGAAAACCAAUUCAAAACGACCUCUAGCAAGGGAUGCAAUCUGAGCAGGACCGCCCAUAUCCUGGCGCCGCACAAUGGGACUGUGUCGCGCAGGACGGAUCCUGGCUCCAAACUUAAAGAGAGCUUUCAAACGGAAAAGCACGAUAUCGAAGACUGGCAAACGAUGGCCAAGAACAAAUUGAAGCGCAAGAAGAAACUGAGCACCAGCCUCACUUCCGUGGGCGAUACGGUGAAUCAGGAGAAACGCACCCGCAUCGAGGGCAUCCAGCUGCAGUGUCGCGGAAAACUGCGACCCCAGGAUACCCAAUCCUUCGAGGCCGAAAGGAGCCCAUCCACAACUGUAUCAACCAAGCAAAUAGGAAAGGUUGAAAAAGAUCGGGAACGGGAGCGUCCCGUAAUAAUUGGUGGCGUAACGACCACAAAUGUGAUAGCAGCACCUCCGCAGAGGAUCAAGAGAAAGCUGCAGGAGAAUCUGGACACCAUCCAGAAGCUAAAUGCCCUUACUGAGCAACUUCGUCUGGAGGUUAAUGAACUUAAGUCCAGCCUGAUCACAGAACGCGGUGCAGUGAGGGCUCUGAGAGCCCAGAAUGACGCAGAUAGUCGUCGGUGGAAAAGCGAGGCGAAGAAACUGCAGCACGCGCUGGACAUUGCCAAGAAGAGCAAUGGGGCAAAGAAGCCUAUUGAAUCGGGCCCAGACUCGGCCGGCACUCACGUGACCGCCGAUGGCCUCAUCAACUAUGAAAUCCAAAGACUGACUAACGAGAUCGCCGUGCUGAAGGAAGCGAAUCGCAGCAAGGAGGAGAAGACCCAGAUUAUGGGGCAGGCUGAUAGACUCAAGGCUGCCGAUAUGCGGCAAUUGAAGAACGCGUACGAAAACCGAUUGACUCACAUACAGAAAUCAGCCAAAAUUGAAAUAACACGUUUGCUAGAGGAAAUAAAGACCAAAGAACGUAAUAUAGGACAACUGAGGAAGGACUUGCUGGCACUGCAGAGUCCCAAGAAGCAGAGGCAAAAUGAAGCCAAAGUGCCAGCGACGACGAAACCCAAAACGAACCCCAACGAAACGAGCCAAAAGCCAAAGAAACCCACUUCGAAGCCAGUGGGAGAAACAAAAGCUAAAACCGAACCAGAUACAGAUAUAGUAGUCGAGCAAAAUCCCAUACGCCAGGCUCAAGUUACACCUGAGAUAACCCAACUCAAGAACAUUGAGCUAAUCAACAAUACGAAAAAUGCACAUAAAUCAGCGCUCGAGAUGCGCACAACAAUGAAGAGCAGUCAGCCGAAUGGAUUGGAUGAUGAUUCUCCUCCUCGCAUGAGGGCCCCCGACGAGAUGAGGGCCACCACUUGGAUGACGACGCUGCUCGGCAGCCAUCAUCAUCAUCAUCAUCAUCACCAUCCGGCAGCAGCCAAAUCAAAGGACCCCAAUUCGGACACGGACUCGGCUCUGUCCUCGGCCCCGCCCUCCAUCAGCCCGCAGCCGCCCUCGAGCGGAUCGGACAGCGGCGUGAUUUGGCAGACUCUGCAGGACCUGGACAAGCUGCAAAAGGAAGCGGAAAUGUACCAGAAGGAGAACGAGCGCCUGCAAACGGAGGUGCAGCUGAUGAAACAGGAGCUGGAUGCCGCGGAAAAGGCUGCAAUGGGUAGCGGUAAAAAGCAGGCCCAGAUCGCGGAGCUGAUGCAGCGCAUCAAGGAGCUGGAGGAGAAGCAAUCAGCCUUCGAGGACGAGACCAGCGAACUGCGUGAACAGAAUGAACUCCUCGAGUUUCGCAUACUCGAACUGGAAGAUGAUAACGAUAAGAUGGAGAGCACCUGCGAGGGCCACUGCCAGAGUCUGCAGGAUCUGCUGGAGCAGUCUGCCCAGCAACUGGAGGAUCGGGACAAGCGCUGUCUGCAACAAUUGCUGCAGUGCGUCCAGCAACUGGACCUCGAUGCCAUGAUGCCAGGCGAUCAGAACCGGACGGAAACUCCGCGGAGGCACAACCCAACCCAAAGUCACAACAGUCACAAUCACAAUCACAGGAUCGUUGCCACUGUUCAGCCGUAUAGUAACUGUGCCACGCCCACCACUCCGCCCACGCCCAGCAAGAGGCACUGCAGCCAGGUGAGCUCGUGGCAGAGCAGCAGUCUGAGCGAAAGUGGAGUGUUCGUGGAGUGCGACCUGCCCUCGAAUCCAGUGAGCCAUCCGCAUCUGCAGUUCUACCAGGAGCGAUUGGAGCAACUGGAGGGCAAGUUACUGAUCUACGAGAGCAGUGGUGAGACGCAGGCCCGCCACUUGGCCCAGAGAUUGCAGAGGGAGCUGCAGCUGGAGAAGGAUCUCAAGGAGCUGGGCGACCGGGUGGAGCUGCUAAUCGAUCAGAACGCCCAAUUGGAGGAGGCCAAGUGCGAGUUCGAGGAGGCGGAGAACGACACGCGACUCCAUCUGCAGCGCAACGAGGUGGAAUUGGAAAUACUUCGCCAGCGCAACGUGGAGUUGGAAUUCGGCAAGGAGGCGUUGGGCGCCAAGUAUCAGGAUUGCAGGGCAGAGGUACUCAUUCUGCGAGAGGACCUCGUGGCAGCAGAAACCCAGUUGGAGCACCUCCAAACGGAACGAAAGCAGGCCAGAAAGGAGUUGCAAGAUCUGCGAAGAUCACUGCCUUGGCUGCUGAUCGGUCGUUUGUUAUCGUUGGCCAAAAUGGGCAACAGCAUUUCGUCGCCGGAGGCCAGUCCUCGACUCUCCUCGGGCUAUGAUUCUGCCCUGCCAGGAGGUCUGGAGUCCAAUGCCAAACUGCACACAGAGCACUUUGCGGGAUAUGCCGAACCGGGCGAGGGUCGUGAGAUCAAUUACCUUAAGGAAGAGGUCAAGAGCCUGCGAAGCCAGCUGAAAGAGCUGAAUGCGCGCCACUAUGAGGCCAUGGAGACGGCCGAUUCCCACUGGGUGGAUCUGGAACAGCAGUACAAGGAGCGCGAAGAGGCCUACCAAUCGAAGGAGGCCAGUCUCAAGCAGAAGAUAGCCCAGCUGCAGGACUGCCUGAGGGAGGAUUCCCGGGCGGCCAGCGAAAAGAUCCUGCAGCUGGAGGAGGGCGAACAGGCGUUGAAAACCUGCCUGGUUCGGAUGACCAAGGAGCAUAGGGAUCUGCUAACCGAGAAUCACACUUUGCAAUCCAGCAUGGAGAGCGUGAUGGCCAAGAUGGAAAUGGAGGCGGAGCACAAGAUGCCCCUGACGGAGGCACUGGAAAACGAGAGGCGAAGGUGUCAGGCCCUCUUGGAUGACCUGAGCUUUGCCAAGAAGGUGCAACAAAACACCGAGGAUCAGCUGAGACAGGAGACGGAUGCCCUGCGCACCCAGAUCUUCGACAUCAAGAAGGAGUACCUGCACAUCGAGGUGACCAACAGCGAGCUGAAGGAGGAGGUGGGCACGCUGGAGAACAAGAUCCGCCAGAUGGAGACGCAGAUGAGGGACUCAGAGGAGCGGGCCCGCUGUCUGGAGGACGAGCUGCGCACCAAGGACGAGCAGUGCCAGCUCAUGGAGCGCAAGCUGGGCGUCAUGCCCGAGGGUUACAGUCUGGCCGAUGAGCUCUACGACAGUCCUGCCAAGCGGGUCAAAAAGGACAAAGUGCCGAGUCUGCAGGCCGCCAGCCAAGGAUUGGGCGUGGCCCUGCUCGACCUGGAGGGCCGUGACUUCGAUCUGCCCCUCCACAAGGACUUCCAGGCCAUCGCCUGCAGCGUGAAGCAUCUGGCGGAUACCCUGCUCUCCCAGAGUCCGUCCGAGGUGAGUCUAGUCAAGAGCCCGGAAUCCGAAGGCACCAGCUGGGCCACGGCCCUGGAUGCCUCAUCAGCUAGGUUAAGUGGGUCAGGACUACCGACUGUAACAAGUCGAGAAAGUCAAGAAGGUCAAGCAAGUCCAGAAGGUCAAGAAAGUCAGGCAGGUCAAGAAAUUCAGGAAGGUCAAGAAAGUCAGGAAGGUCAGCAAAGUCAGUCCAUUCAAGAAAGUCCACAAGGUCAAGAAGGUUUUGCAAGUGAACCCCUUCUAAGUAGCAAGAAAUCUAGUUGUGUAAGUGUCCAGGCAUCCACAACCCGGCCAAAGGGCUUUAAAGUGGGCCGAUAUGCCCAAAAAUCUCGGCGAUCAAGAGGCGGAGCUGAUAGUCGUACGAAUCUGAAAGUCGUCAAGUCACCAGAUGACGAAAAGGAAAAUAUUUCCGAGGUGCCCUCUUCCUUACGGCAACUUGUCAACGAAGGUGAUCAUGUGGAACCCGAGAAGCAGGGCAAAAAGCCGAAAACAAAGGAUAAGAAGGACAAGAAGGAGGAGCAGUCAAGUCCCCUUCGCCAUAAGCGAUCCAUGUUAAGGCGCUUUAUCUUCAGGCGCAUCUACCGUGCUCGCGCGAGAUCUGCAAAUCAAUUUCCGCUCCAGCAGAGCCUCUCCUGCAACAGUUUCCAUUCGGUGUUGUCGGUUCACACGGUUCAUUCGGCCACGUCGGGUAUCUCCCUAUUCUCCCUGCAUGCCGAGGUGGUCAAUCUGGAUUGGGAAUCACUGGCCAGCGGGUCUUUUACCCAAACAGAAGACCCGAAAAGUAUGGAAGAGGAGAUCCAGACCACGACGGACUGCUGUGAACAGGAGACCCAAGUUCAACCGGCAUCCGUCGAGUGCGGAAUCCAAGUGGAUGUGGGCGUGGAGCAGCGAUUGCUGCUUAUGCCGCUGCGAACCCGUUGCUUCGUUGAUCUCCUUCAGGAUGCCGUCAAUGGGUACUUCGAUGUGUCCGCCUUCCGGACACGUCUUCUCCACCUGUGGGAGGAUGGGGAGGACUUCCGUGAGCAGCUGGAAUUCCUGCAGGACAUGUGGACGGAGAAGAAGAACCAGGUAUCGCUAGAGAGCUACGAAGGAUUUGUGGCAGCUCUGGGCUGUGUGCGGAGUUUGAUGUUGGCUCUCAAACCCGCAUCUUCAGCGCUGCUGAACCAGAUCGAGCAGCGUAUCCAUGCUCGACUCGUGCUCUUCCACAACCAGAAGAUGGAGUCGGAGUUCUGCUGCACCAUCUACAUUCCCGUAGAGCGAAGCAACACCAUGAUGUUCAGGGCUCCCAAAUGAAUGCCCCUUUUUAAGGUCUCAAUAACGAUGUAAAUACUCCAUAAUUACUCCAUAACUACUCCAUAAAU